CGUUAGUAUAUGAUUGGACCGACCAGUUUACACUGUUUCAUGUUAUCACCAAACAUCAAGACUUGUCCACAUGCCGCCAAUGACGAGCGCAUUACUUUAUGUAUAGACUACUCCCUACACCCCUAUAAUUUCUUUUAUAACAAAGAAAAGUGUUAAAGAGAGUCAAGAAAAUCGGAAGAGGAAAACAGAGGAAGAAAAAAGAGUUAUGUCACGCAGCAUGAGAUCUUCAUCAUCUUGUGUUAAUGUGUUACUCAUCGUGUCCUUUAUGCUUCUGAGUUUGUCGGCUGAUGCGUACAAGAACUACACUGUGGGAGGAUCCACGGGAUGGUUUAGUAUCCAAGAAAAACCUUCUGCAAAUUAUCAGAAAUGGGCUGAUUCCAAAUCCUUUUCUUUGGGUGAUUUCCUCAUUUUCAACACAGAUAGCAACCAUUCAGUGGUGCAGACAUAUGAUUUCAAAACCUACAAAGAAUGUGAUUACAACAAUAAUGAAGACAACAAUACAACAGAGUGGUCGGCUGCAAACCCUUCAGCAACAUCUCCUGUUCCGGUCUCAGUAAGCGUUCCUCUAGUUAAAGAAGGCUCCAAUUAUUUCUUCUCAGGAAACUAUGACGGUGAACAAUGCAAAUUUGGACAGCAUUUCAUGAUAAAUGUAACACAUGGUCAAGGCCUACCAUCACCUGAUAAAGAUGAUGAAACGGCCCCUGGACCAGGCCAAUCCUCUCAAUCCGGUGAUGAUGAUGAAGUUGCUCCAGAUACCAUAGUUCCCGCUAACUUUGACCAUCCUAAAGAUAUUGAGAGUGAUGAUGAUGAUGAUAGUUUGGUUAAAGGUCGUAAAAAUUCUUCUUCCAUUACAGAAUAUAAUUUGUUAUGUUUAGUUUUAAUGGGGUUCCUAGCAUCAUUCUUUUAAUCAAAUGUUCUUCUGUGUGUAUAAUAAUCAUUCUGUCUUUUGGUGAGAGAUAUUCAAAUAAUUAUCUUAGCUGAUAAUUAUCAUAAUUAUAUUUACGAAGCUCUAUACAUUGAGUAUGUGUUUCCAGAGGUAUAGUUAUAGUUUAUUUACAAGUUAGCUGAUAAGUUUUGUAAUUAUAUUAUUACUAUUUACUG